AUGGAAAGUGUAAAAUGUAUAAGUAGUGAAAGUUUGAAAAAUGAAGAGACAGAUUUAGUAAAAAAUAAUGAUGGAUGUGUAGAUAGUGAAAUAGUUAGGGAAGAGAUAGAGAAUGACCAUAAGGCAUUAAACAUUAUAAAGGAAGGAUUAUCAGAUAUAGAGAAAACAUUAAAUGGUGAAGGAUACGCAUUUAGUAAUUUAAAUUGUAGUUAUAAAAAUAUAGAAUAUAUACCAAAAGAUAUAAUAAAUUAUAUAUAUUUAAAAUAUAUAAAUAUGUCUAAUAAUAAAAUUGAAAAUAUAUCAAAUUUAUAUAAGCUAGAUAACAUAUUAUUUUUAGAUAUAUCUUACAAUUUAAUAAAUAAUUUAGAUGAAAUAAAAAGCUUGUAUCUAAAAAAUUGUAUAUAUAUGAAUAUAUCCCAUAAUUCAAUUAAUAUAAUAAAUGAUAUAAAAAUGAAAAAUAUUAUAGAACUAGAUUUAUCUUACAACAAUAUAGAAAAUGUGAAUAUAUAUUUUCCUGAAACAUUAAAGAGUUUGAAUAUGUCUAAUAAUAAUAUAAAAAAUAUAUGUUUUAAAAAUAGAUUGGAGAAUAUAGAAUUAUUAGAUAUAUCUUCUAAUCCUAUUGAAGAUUUAAACUUUUAUGAAAUUAUUCCAAAUAUAAAAACUUUAAAAUUAAAUGAUAAUUAUAGUUUACCUAUUAAUAAUUUAAGUGAAUUAAAUAAUUUUAAAAAUAUUCAAUUUUUAGAUAUGGAAAAUUAUCUUCAUUUUAAAGAUAAAUCAUAUACAGAGAUAAAACAGAUAUUAUUUCAAAAUACCCCCGAUGUAAAUUUGAAAAAGUUUAAUGGGAAUCUAAUAAUAAAAAAUCAAUCACGUCAUAGUAAAGAAGCAAAAUGA